AUGGAAAUUCUGCGAGAAAAUGAAGGUUUUAUUGUAAGCCAAAAGAGAUUUACCUUGGACAUGCUGCAGGAAUUUGAUGUAUCUCAUUUUCCUCGAGUCAGUUCCCCUCUUGAUCCUUCUUCCAAGCUUCAAGCUAAUGAUGGGCACCCUUUGCAAAAUCCAACAGUAUUUCGUCAUCUGGUUGGUAAUUUGAACUAUCUCACUAACACUCGCCUGGACCUUUCUUUUGCAGUCCUUACUCUCAGUCAAUACUUGCAGAGACCCUGUAUGUCUCAUUUCUCUGCUGCCUUACGCGUGCUCAAAUAUUUGAGCUCUGAUCCAGGACAAGGAAUCCUUCUCUCAGCAGAAUAA